AUGGCAACCUCCAGGGCAUCUUCAAGAUCCCAUCGGGACAUCACCAACGUGAUGCAGAGGCUACAAGAUGAACAAGAGAUCGUACAGAAACGCACCUUCACAAAAUGGAUCAAUUCCCACCUGGCCAAGCGGAAGCCCCCUAUGGUGGUGGAUGACCUUUUUGAAGACAUGAAAGAUGGCGUCAAGCUGCUUGCUCUGCUGGAGGUCCUGUCUGAGCAGAAACUGCCUUGUGAACAAGGACGCCGGGUAAAGCGCAUCCAUGCUGUGGCUAACAUCGGAACGGCACUCAAGUUCCUUGAAGGAAGGAAGUCCAUGUACAGAGGAUCGCCGAUUAAAUUAGUCAACAUUAAUGCUACUGAUAUCGCUGAUGGCCGUCCGUCAAUUGUUCUUGGGUUGAUGUGGACUGUUAUCCUGUAUUUCCAGAUCGAAGAGCUGACCAGCAACCUACCACAGCUGCAGUCUCUGUCCAGCAGCGCUUCCUCUGUGGACAGCAUGGUCAGCACCGAGACUGCCAGCCCACCAAGCAAACGCAAGGUGACCACCAAGAUCCAAGGAAAUGCCAAGAAGACACUGCUGAAGUGGGUCCAACACACAGCAGGCAAGCAGAUCGGAAUAGAGGUGAAAGACUUCGGGAAGAGUUGGAGAACUGGGCUGGCCUUUCACUCAGUCAUUCACGCCAUCCGGCCUGAGCUGGUGGACCUGGAGAAGGUGAAAAGUAGAUCUAACAGGGAAAAUCUGGAGGAUGCCUUCACUAUCGCUGAAACACAACUGGGCAUCCCCAGACUCCUUGAUCCUGAAGAUGUUGAUGUGGACAAGCCAGAUGAGAAGUCUAUUAUGACCUAUGUAGCCCAGUUUCUGACUCAGUAUCCUGAUACCCACGGUGCAGGCUGUGAUGGGCAGGAGACCGAGAGAGAAGACAGGCUAAUUUUGAAGGAAACCAAAGUCUGGAUAGAACAAUUUGAGAGAGAUUUGACUAGGGCACAGAUGACAGAGUCAAGUCUUCAGGACAAAUAUCAGUCAUUUAAGCACUUCCGAGUUCAAUAUGAGAUAAAAAGGAAACAGGUGGAACAUCUAAUACAGCCAAUGCACAGAGACGGCAAAUUAUCGCUUGACCAAGCACUGGUAAAACAGUGCUGGGAGAGAGUGUCUUCCAGGCUCUUUGAUUGGCAUAUACAGCUGGAUAAAUCUCUCCCUGCACCUCUGGGCACUAUAGGUGCCUGGCUGUACAGGGCAGAGGUGGCCCUGAGAGAAGAGAUCACCAUUCAGCAGGUCCAUGAAGAAACAGCAAACACAAUACAACGAAAACUUGAACAACAUAAGGAUCUGCUUCAAAAUACAGAUGCCCACAAGAGAGCGUUCCAUGAAAUCUACCAAACAAGGUCUGUCAAUGGGAUCCCAAUGCCUCCUGAUCAGCUAGAGGACAUGGCUGAGAGGUUUCAUUUUGUGUCCUCCGCAUCCGAGCUGCACUUAAUGAAAAUGGAGUUUCUGGAACUGAAGUACCGUCUGCUUUCCCUGCUGGUCCUGGCUGAGUCAAAGCUGAAGUCUUGGAUCAUCAAAUAUGGGAGGCGAGAGUCCGUGGAGCUGCUGCUGCAGAACUAUAUCUCUUUUAUAGAAAACAGCAAAUUCUUUGAACAAUAUGAAGUGACAUACCAGAUCCUGAAACAGACAGCCGAGAUGUACGUCAAAGCAGACGGCUCAGUGGAAGAAGCUGAGAAUGUGAUGAAAUUCAUGAAUGAAACCACUGCCCAGUGGAGGAAUCUCUCAGUGGAAGUGAGGAGCGUGAGGAGCAUGCUGGAGGAGGUGAUCUCCAACUGGGAUCGCUAUGGUGAUACCGUGGCCAGUCUUCAAGCCUGGCUAGAAGAUGCUGAAAAGAUGCUAAGUCAAUCAGAAAAUGCCAAGAAGGAUUUUUUUCGAAAUUUGCCUCACUGGAUUCAGCAGCACACAGCCAUGAACGAUGCUGGCAAUUUCCUGAUUGAGACUUGUGACGAGAUUGUGUCCCGUGACCUCAAACAGCAAUUGCUCUUGCUAAAUGGACGAUGGAGGGAGCUGUUCAUGGAAGUCAAGCAAUAUGCAAGAGCUGACGAGGUGGACAGAAUGAAGAAGGAAUACAUAGACUAUACUACCACCCUCUCUGGUUUUGCUACCGAAGCUCACAGGAAGCUCUCUGAGCCCUUAGAUGUCUCUCUAAUUAAUGUCAAGUUAUUGAUUCAAGACUUGGAGGAUAUUGAGAAGAGGGUGCCUGUGAUGGAUGCUCAGUACAAGAUGAUCACCAAGACAGCACAUCUCAUUGCCAAAGAAAGUCCCCAAGAAGAAGCUAAUGAAAUGUUUACAACCAUGUCCAGGCUCAAAGAACAACUGUCCAAGGUCAAAGAAUGUUACUCCCCACUAUUGUCUGAGGCCCAGCAGCUGUCAGUUCCUUUGGAAGAACUGGAGACACAGAUCACAUCCUUCUACGACUCACUUGGGAAAAUCAACGAGAUUAUGUCGGUCCUUGAGCAUGAAGCACAAUCUAGCUCUCUUUUUAAGCAAAAACACCAGGAGCUGUUAGUUUGCCAAGAAAGCUGUAAGAAAAUCUUGGCACUUGUAGAGAAGGGCAGUCAAAGUGUCCAGAAGCUCGUCACCUUGAGCCCCGUGUUAAAGAACUGGGACCACACGAAGCUACAGAGACAGACAGCAGAUGUCCGCCAUGCCUUCCAGAAUAUGAUCAAGAAAACUGGAGAAUGGAAGAAGCAUGUGGAAGCCAACAGUCGUUUAAUGAAGAAAUUUGAGGAGUCUCGGGCAGAGUUGGAGAAGGUGCUACGGGUUGCUCAGGAGGGCUUAGAAGAGAAGGGGGAUCCUGAGGAACUCCUUCGGAAACACACAGAAUUCUUCAGCCAGCUGGACCAGAGGGUCCUCAACGCUUUCUUGAAAGCCUGUGAUGAGCUCACUGACAUCCUCCCAGAACAGGAGCAGCAGGGACUGCAGGAGGCUGUCAGAAAGCUGCACAAACAGUGGAAGGACCUACAGGGAGAAGCACCUUAUCAUUUGCUCCACCUAAAAAUUGCUGUGGAGAAGAACAGGUUCUCAGCUGCUGUGGAAGAGUGCAGAGCUGAGCUGGAGCGAGAGACUAAGCUGGUACCCCAAGAAGGCAGUGAGAAGAUCAUCAAGGAACACAGGGUUUUCUUCAGUGACAAGGGUCCUCAUCACCUCUGUGAGAAGAGACUGCAGCUCAUAGAGGAACUGUGUGUGAAGCUCCCAGUCCGGGACCCAGUCAGGGACACAUCUGGAGCCUGUCACAUGGCUCUCAAAGAGCUCAAAGCUUCCAUUGAUAGUACUUACAUGAUGCUCAUUGAUGACCCGGACAAGUGGAAGGACUAUACUAGCAGGUUUUCUGAGUUCUCAUCCUGGGUAUCUGCAAAGGAGGCAGGGUUAAAGAAAAUCAAGGAUGAAGCCAUCAACUCUGCCAACCACGAUGAGGUUAAGCAUGUGGUAGAUGAGAUCAGAAAUGACAUUACCAAAAGAGGAGAGACCCUCAGCUGGCUGAAAUCCAGGCUUAAACAUUUGAUUGACGUUUCUUCCGAGAAUGAAGCCCAAAAGCGAGGAGAUGAGCUGGCAGAAUUAUCAAGUUCUUUCAAGGCUCUCGUGGCUUUACUGUCAGAGGUUGAAAAGAUGUUAAGCAACUUUGGAGAAUGCGUUCAAUACAAAGAAAUAGUGAAAAGUUCCCUUGAGGAGCUGAUGGAUGGUUCCCAAGAAAGCCAGGAGCAGGCUGAGAAGAUCCUGGACACGGAAAAUCUGUUUGAGGCCCAGCAGUUGCUCCUUCAUCACCAGCAAAAGACAAAGAUGAUCUCAGCGAAGAAGAGAGACCUCCAGCAGCAGAUGGAGCAGGCGCAGCAGGGUGGGCAGGCAGGCCCAGGCCAGGAGGAGCUGCAGAAGUUGGAAAGCACACUUACAGGCCUGGAACAGAGCAGGGAGCGGCAGGAACGUCGCAUACAGGUCAGCUUGAGGAAAUGGGAGCGAUUUGAGACAAACAAGGAGACGGUGGUCAGAUACCUUUUCCAAACAGGAUCCAGCCACGAGCGCUUCCUGAGCUUCAGCAGUUUGGAAAGCUUGUCAUCAGAGUUGGAGCAGACAAAGGAGUUUUCUAAGCGGACAGAAGGCAUUGCCACCCAGGCUGAGAACCUUGUCAAGGAAGCCUCAGAGAUACCACUGGGGCCCCGGAAUAAACACCUGCUUCAGCAGCAGGCCAAGUCCAUCAAGGAGCAGGUCAAAAAGCUCGAAGACACUCUUGAAGAAGAUAUUAAAACCAUGGAAAUGGUGAAAACCAAGUGGGAUCAUUUUGGCAGUAAUUUUGAGACCCUGUCCAUCUGGAUAACUGAGAAAGAAAAGGAGCUCAAUGCCUUGGAAACUUCUGCGUCUGCCUUGGACGUGCAGAUCAGCCAAAUCAAGGUCACAAUCCAGGAAACGGAAAGUAAAAUCGACAGCAUUGUAGGGUUAGAAGAAGAAGCUCAGUCCUUUGCUCAGUUUGUCACCACUGGAGAGUCUGCUCGCAUCAAAGCCAAGUUAACACAAAUAAGAAGAUACUGGGAGGAACUCCGAGAGCAUGCACGGGGCCUGGAAGGGACGAUCCUGGGGCAUUUAUCACAGCAGCAAAAGUUUGAAGAGAAUCUGAUAAAGAUUGGGCAAUCUGUGUCUGAAUUUGCAGAGAGGCUGGCUGAUCCUAUUAAAAUAUGUUCCUCAGUUGCAGAGACAUACAAAGUUCUCCAAGAGCAUAUGGAUCUCUGUCAGGCCCUGGAGUCUCUGAACAGCACGGUCACCACUUUCUCAGCCAGUGCCCAGAAGGUGGUCAACAGAGAGUCCUGCAUGCAUGAGGCUGUGGCCCUACAGCAGCAGUAUGAAGAGAUACUACACAAGGCCAAAGAGAGACAGAAGGCACUGGAGGACCUGCUGGCCCACUGGCAAAGACUGGAGAAGGGACUGUCACCCUUUCUGACCUGGUUAGAGAGAUGUGAAGCCAUAGCCAGUUCACCAGAAAAAGACAUUUCUGCAGACAGAGUCAAAAUAGAGAGUGAACUCCAGUUAAUACAGGCUCUGCAAACUGAAGUUGAGUCCCAGGCCUCCCACUACAGCAACCUCCUGCAGCUGAAGGCAACCUUGUUCACAGCAGCCUCCAAAGAUGAUGUGGCAACAAUGAAGCUGCAGUUGGAACAGCUGGAUGAGCGCUGGAGCGCCUUACCCCAGAUGAUCAGCAAAAGGAUGCACUUCCUCCAGGCAGUGCUGGCUGAACACCAACACUUUGAUGAGCUACUGUUUUCUUUCUCUGUCUGGAUUAAGCAAUUUCUCAGUGAAUUACAAAGGACUUCAGAGAUCAGUUUACUGGACCACCAAGUGGCUCUUACUCGGCACAAGGACCACGCUGCAGAAAUCGAGAAGAAGAGGGGAGAAGCAGAGAGUCUGCAAGGACACAUAGCAAAGUUGCAGUCCCUGGGCAGAGCCGAGGACCUUCAUCUGCUCCAGAUCAAGGCUGAUGACUGCUUCCAGCUCUUUGAGGAGGCCAACCAGGUAGUGGAGAGGCGGAAGCUGGCUCUGACACAGCUAGCAGAAUUCCUCCAGAGCCAUGCUUCUGCGUCCACUCUCCUUCACCAGCUCAGGCAAACGGUGGAAGCCACCAAAAGCAUGAGCAAGAAGCAGUCAGACUCCCUAAAGAAAGACCUUAGUGAUGCUAUUCAAGACGUGAAAGCAUUAGAAUCCAGCGCCAUCAGUCUCGAUGGCAUCCUGACCAAAGCCCAAUACCACCUGAAAAGCGGGAGCACCCAGCAAAGGACCUCAUGCAGAGCCACUGCUGAGCAGCUCUCUUUAGAGGUGGAGAGGGUCCAGAACCUUCUGGGAACCAAGCAGGGUGAGGCAGAUGCCCUGGCAGUGUUGAAAAAGGCUUUCCAUGAGCAGAAAGAAGAGCUGCUGAGCAGCAUUGAAGACAUCGAGGAGAGGACCGACAAGGAGCGCUUAAAGGAGCCCACCCGCCAGGCCCUGCAGCACAGGUUGCGAGUAUUCAACCAGCUGGAGGACGAGUUAAACUCCCAUGAGCAUGAGCUCCGUUGGCUGAAAGACAAAGCGACACAAAUCGCUCAGAAGGACAUGGCUUUUGCCCCGGAAGUAGAUAGGGAGAUAAACCGCUUAGAAGCUACCUGGGAGGACACUAAAAGAUUAAUUCAUGAAAACCAGGGCCAGUGCUGUGGACUUAUUGACUUAAUAAGAGAAUAUCAGAAUUUGAAGUCAGCUGUGUGUAAAGUUCUGGAAAAUGCUGGUGAUGUUAUUGCCAUGAGAGCUGCUGUGAAGGACCAGGAGGACCUUAAGUGGGCUUUUUCCAAGCAUGAAACUGUCAGGAAUGAAAUGAAUUCUAAACAGAAAGAGUUGGAUAGUUUUACCAGCAAAGGCAAGCACUUGCUAUCUGAACUGAAGAAAAUCCACAGUGGAGAUUUCGGCUUGGUCAAGACAGACAUGGAGAGCACCCUGGACAAGUGGCUGGAUGUGUCAGAGAGAAUUGAAGAAAACAUGGACAGGUUAAGAGUAAGCAUGUCCAUCUGGGAUGAUGUCCUUUCAAGUAAGGAUGAGAUUGAAGGAUGGGCCAACAGCUCCCUUCCACAACUGGCUGAACACAUCAGCGACCUGAACAACAGCCGCGGAGCUGAAGAAUUCCUGAAGGAAUUUGAGUCUGAAGUUAAAAACAAAGCCUUGAAAUUGGAAGAACUGCACUCCAAAAUCAAUGACCUUAAAGAACUAACAAAAAAUCCAGAGACACCAACAGACCUGCAGUUUAUAGAAGCAGACUUACGGCAGAAGCUAGAGCACGCCAAAGAAACCACUGAGGAAGCGAAGGGAACCCUGAAAGAUUUCACUGCUCAAAGUACCCAAGUGGAGAGAUUCGUCAAGGACAUAACAUUGUGGCUGAUCAACGUGGAGGAAUCUUUGACCAGGUGUGCCCAAACUGGGACUUGCGAAGGACUGAAGAAAGUCAAGGACAUACAAAAAGAACUCCAAAGUCAACAAAAUAACAUCAGCUCCACCCAAGAAAAUCUCAACAGCCUGUGCCGGAAGUACCACUCAGUGGAGUUGGAGAGCCUGGGCCGGGCAAUGACUGGGCUAAUAAAGAAACAUGAAGCCACGAGCCAGCUGUGCUCCCAAACCCAGGCCAACAUGCAGGACUCUCUGGAAAAACACUUCAGUGAUUCCAUGCAGGAAUUCCAAGAAUGGUUUGUAGGAGCAAAAGCAGCAGCCAGAGACGCUUCUGAUCUAACUGGUGACAGCCAAGUUCUAGAAGCCAGGCUACAGGAUCUUCAGGGUGUCCUGGAUUCAGUCAGUGAUGGGCAGAGCAAGCUGGAUACAGUGACACAGGAAGGACAAACCCUGUACGCACAUCUGCCCAAGCAAAUGGUUAGCAGCAUCCAGGAGCAAAUCACAAAAGCCAAUGAAGAGUUCCAAGCUUUUCUGAAACAGUGCCUUAAAGACAAGCAGGCUCUCCAGGACUGUGCUUCGGAGCUGGGGAGCUUCGAGGAUCAGCACAGAAAACUGAGCUUGUGGCUCCAUGAGAUGGAAGAAAGGUUAAAAACAGAAAACUUGGGGGAGAGUAAACGGCAUAUGUCCGAGAAGAAAAAUGAAGUCCAUAAAGUAGAGAUGUUCCUGGGAGAACUCCUGGCUGCCAGAGAGUCCCUUGACAAGCUCUCCCAGAGAGGGCAGCUCCUCAGCGAAGAAAGCCACGGUGCUGGAAAGGGAGGCCGCCGGUACACCCAGCUACUUACCAGCUACCAAAACCUUCUCAGAGUAACCAAAGAGAGGCUGCGCAGCUGUCAGCUGGCCCUACAGGAGCACGAAGCUCUUGAAGAAGCCACACAGAGCAUGUGGUCCCGGGUAAAGGAUGUGCAAGACAAGUUGGCUUGUUCGGAGAGCACUCUUGGGAACAAGGAGACGUUAGAGGGACGAUUGUCACAGAUUCAGGAGAUUCUCCUCAUGAAAGGCGAAGGAGAAGUCAAGUUGAAUAUGGCCAUUGGCAAAGGGGACCAGGCCUUAAGAAGCAGCAACAAGGAGGGUCAGCAGGCGAUCCAGGCUCAGCUGGAGACACUUAAAACAACGUGGGCUGACGUCAUGAGUUCUGCCAUCCAUGCACAGGGCACGCUGGAGUCUGUGAUCGACCAAUGGAAUGACUAUCUAGAGAAGAAAAGCCAGUUGGAGCAGUGGAUGGAAUCGGUGGAUCAGAAAGUAGAGCAUCCUUUACAGCUGCAGUCAGGGCUGAAGGAGAAGUUUUCCCUGCUGGACCACUUUCAGUCCAUCGUCUCGGAGGCAGAGGACCAUGUGAGUGCACUGCAGCAACUAGCAGCAAGGUCCAGGGAGCUGUACAAGAAGACUCAGGAUGAGUCCUUCAAGGAAGCUGGCCAGGAAGAACUGAGAACACAGUUUCAGGACAUAACGACUGUGGCCAAGGAGAAGAUGAGAAAAGUAGAGGAGAUCGUGAAAGACCAUCUCAUGUACUUAGAUGCAGUCCAGGAAUUCACAGAUUGGCUCCACUCAGCAAAGGAGGAGCUCCACCGGUGGUCAGACACAUCUGGAGAUUCGUCAGCCACUCAGAAAAAACUAUUGAAAAUUAAGGAGCUGAUAGAUUCCAGAGAGAUCGGUGCAGGCCGCCUAAGCAGAGUGGAGUCGCUGGCCCCGGCAGUGAAACAGAACACAGCUGCCAGUGGGUGUGAGCUUCUGAACUCAGAGAUGCAGGCCCUGCGCGCCGACUGGAGGCAGUGGGAAGAUAGCCUGUUUCAAGCACAGAGCAGCCUGGAGAACCUGGUCAGCGAAAUGGCCCUCUCAGAACAGGAAUUCUCUGGCCAGGUAGCCCAACUUGAGCAAGCCCUAGAACAGUUCAGUACUCUUUUGAAAACCUGGGCCCAGCAGCUUGCCCUCCUGGAAGGCAAGAACACUGAUGAGGAGAUAGUGGAAUGCUGGCACAAAGAACAAGAGAUCCUGGAUGCUCUACAAAAGGCAGAGCCUAUGACGGAGGAGCUCAAGUCUCAGUUGAAUGAACUCUGCAGGUUUUCCAGGGAUCUGAGUCCAUACAGUGGAAAAGUCUCAGGUUUAAUUAAAGAAUAUAAUUGUCUCUGUUUGCAAGCAUCCAAGGGCUGCCAGAAUAAAGAACAAAUUUUGCAACAAAGAUUUCAGAAGGCCUUCAGGGGCUUCCAGCAGUGGUUGGUUAAUGCAAAAAUCACCACAGCCAAGUGUUUUGAUCUACCUCAGAAUCUCAGUGAAGUCUCUGCAAGUCUUCAGAAAAUCCAGGAGUUUAUGUCAGAAAGUGAAAAUGGGCAGCAUAAGCUAAACAUGAUGCUGUCCAAAGGGGAGCUACUGAGCUCCCUCCUCACCAAAGAGAAAGCAGAAGGUAUUCAGGCCAAAGUUGUUGCUGCAAAAGAAGAUUGGAAAAGCUUUCAUGCAAAUCUCCACCAGAAGGAAUCUGCCUUAGAGAAUCUAAAGAUCCAGAUGAAAGACUUUGAAGUGAGCGCAGAACCUGUGCAGAACUGGCUGAGUAAAACCGAAAGGUUGGUACAGGAGAGCAGCAAUCGCCUCUAUGACCUGCCUGCCAAGAGGAGAGAACAGCAGAAACUCCAGUCUGUCCUUGAGGAGAUACAGUGCUACGAGCCUCAGCUCCACAGGCUGAAAGAGAAAGCUCGGCAGCUGUGGGAAGGACAAGCUGCCAGCAAGAGCUUUGUGCACAGAGUGUCGCAGCUGUCUUCUCAGUAUCUAGCGCUAAGCAAUGUAACCAAGGAGAAAGUGUCCAGGCUGGACAGAAUCGUUGCUGAGCACAGCCAGUUCUCGAUGGGUGUUAAAGAACUGCAGGACUGGAUGACAGACGCCAUCCACAUGCUGGAUUCAUAUUGCCUCCCCACGCCUGACAAGAGUGUGCUGGACGGCAGAAUGCUCAAGCUGGAGGCACUGCUGUCGACAAAACAGGAGAAGGAGAUCCAGAUAAAGAUGAUCCUGACCCGGGGGGAGUAUGUUCUGCAGAGCACCUCUCCGGAAGGCAGCCCCGCUGUGCAGCAGCAGCUGCAGGCUGUGAAGGACAUGUGGGAAUCCCUCUUGUCUGCAGCCAUUCGAUGCAAGAGUCAGCUGGAAGGAGCACUCUCUAAGUGGACCAGUUAUCAGGAUGACAUCCGGCAGUUCUCCAGUUGGAUGGAUGGUGUGGAAGGCAGCCUGAGCGAAUCGGAAAGACAGCACACAGAACUGCGGGAUAAAGUGACCGCUCUCGGAAAAGCCAAGCUAUUAAAUGAAGAAGUGCUGAGUCAUAGUAGCCUGCUGGAGACCAUUGAAGUCAAGAGGGCAGGCAUGACAGAGCAUUAUGUCACCCAGUUAGAGCUGCAGGAUCUGCAGGAACGACACCAAGCCAUCAAAGAGAGGGCCAAGGAAGCAGUAACAAAAUUAGAAAGGCUGGUUCGCCUUCACCAGGAAUAUCAGAGAGACCUAAAGACGUUUGAAAAUUGGCUGGGGCAAGAACAAGAGAAGCUUGACCGAUGCUCAGCUCUUGAGGGUGAAACCCGCACUCAUGAGACAGCAUUGCGGGAUCUCCAGGAGCUUCAAGUGCACUGUGCAGAGGGUCAGGCCUUGCUGAACUCGGUACUGCACACCCGGGAGGAAGUGAUCCCUUCGGGCCUCCCCCAGGCCGAAGACAGAGUGUUGGAGUCUCUUCGUCAGGACUGGCAGGUUUAUCAGCACACACUGGCUGAGACCCGGACACAGUUCAACAACGUGGUGAACAAACUGAGGCUGAUGGAGCAGAAGUUCCAGCAAGUGGAUGAAUGGCUCAAAAGAAUGGAGGGGAAAAUCAGUGUCAGGAGCGAAUGCCAGAGUAGCCGAUCCACCAAGGAGAUGCAGUUGCUUCAGAUGAAGAAGUGGCAUGAAGACCUGGCAGCGCACAGAGAUGAGGUAGAGGAGGUAGGGACCAGAGCACAGGAGACCCUGGAGGAGAGCCACGUGAGCAGCCGGAUGGGCAGCCAGGCCACCCAGCUGACUUCCCGGUACCAGGCCCUGCUGCUCCAAGUGUUGGAGCAAAUAAAAUUCUUAGAAGAGGAAAUCCAGAGUCUGGAGGAAACAGAAUCAUCUCUCAGUUCCUAUUCAGAUUGGUAUGGCUCCACUCAUAAAAACUUCAAGAAUGUGGCUACCAAAAUUGAUAAAGUCGAUGAAGUAAUGAUGGGGAAAAAACUGAAGACAUUGGAGGUUUUAUUAAAAGACAUGGAGAAGGGCCACAGUUUGCUGAAAUCCGCUCGAGAGAAGGGGGAAAGGGCUGUGAAAUUCCUGGAGGAAAGCGAGGCUGAGGCACUGAAGAAGGAGAUCCAUGGUCACAUGGAGCAGCUGAAGGACCUGACUGGCACUGUAAGGAAGGAGCACAUGAGCCUGGAGAAGGGCCUUCACUUAGCCAAAGAGUUCUCAGAUAAAUGCAAGGUGCUGACCCGAUGGAUGGCAGAAUACCAGGAAAUCCUGCAUGCGCCCGAAGAACCCAAAAUGGAACUGUAUGAGAAAAAGGCACAGCUAUCCAAAUACAAGUCACUACAACAAAUGGUGCUGUCCCACGAGCCGUCCGUGAACUCGGUGCAAGAGAAGGGCGAGGCACUUCUGGAACUGGUCCAGGAUCAGACUUUAAAGGACAAGAUACAGAAACUCCAAAGAGACUUCCAGGACCUCUGCAGCACAGGAAAGGAGCGAGUCUUCAGUCUGGAAGCAAAAGUCAGAGACCAUGAAGACUACAACAGUGAACUCCAAGAGGUGGAAAAGUGGCUGCUGCAGAUGUCCGGCCGGCUGGUGGCACCUGACCUUUUGGAGGCCAGCAGCCUGGAGACCAUUACCCAGCAGCUCGCCCAUCACAAGGCGAUGAUGGAAGAAAUAGCAGGGUUUGAAGAUCGCCUCAACGACCUCAAAACCAAAGGUGACACUUUGAUCAGCCAGUGUCCAGACCACCUGCAAGCAAAGCAGAAACAGAGUGUGCAAGCUCACCUACAGGGCACAAAGGACAGCUACUCAGCCAUCUGCAGCACAGCCCAAAGGGUAUACCGCAGUUUGGAAUAUGAGCUUCAGAAGCACGUGAGUCGUCAAGACACCCUGCAGCAGUGCCAGGCGUGGAUCUCUGCAGUCCAGCCAGACCUGAAGCCCAGCCCACAGCCACCUCUCAGCAGGGCAGAAGCUGUUAAGCAGGUCAAACACUUCAGAGCUUUGCAAGAGCAGGCAAGGACCUACUUGGAUCUCCUCUGCUCCAUGUGUGACUUGUCAAAUUCCUCAGUGAAAAACACUGCAAAAGACAUUCAGCAAACAGAGCAGCUGAUUGAACAAAGACUGGUCCAAGCACAGAACUUGACGCAGGGCUGGGAAGAGAUCAAGCACCUGAAGGCCGAGCUCUGGAUUUACCUGCAGGAUGCUGACCAACAGCUGCAGAACAUGAAGAGGAGACACUCGGAGCUGGAGCUCAAUAUUGCUCAGAACAUGGUCUCUCAAGUGAAGGACUUUGUUAAGCAGCUGCAGGACAAACAGGUCUCAGUGAGCACCGUCAUAGAGAAGGUGAACACGUUAACAAAGAACCAGGAGUCUCCUGAACACAGGGAAAUAAACCAUCUGAAUGACCAGUGGCAAGACCUUUGCCUGCAGGCUGACAAGCUAUGUGCACAGAGAGAACAGGACCUUCAGAGAAGCAGCAGUUACCACGACCAUAUGGAUAUUGUUGAAGCCUUUCUUGAAAAAUUUACUACAGAAUGGGACAACCUGGCCAGAUCCAAUGCAGAAAGCACAGCUGUCCACUUGGAGGCUUUGAAGAAGUUAGCCUUGGCGUUGCAGGAGAAGAAGCAUGCCAUUGAAGAACUGAAAGACCACAAGCAGAAACUGACAGAGCACCUGAGUCUAGAUGACAGGGAGCUGGUGAGAGAGCAGACCAGUCACUUGGAGCAACGCUGGUUUCAGCUUGAGGACCUCGUCAAAAGGAAAAUCCAGGUGUCUGUCACCAACUUGGAGGAAUUAAAUGUGGUACAAUCCAGGUUCCAGGAGCUGAUGGAGUGGGCAGAAGAGCAACAACCCAACAUUGUGGAGGCCUUGAAGCAGAGUCCACCACCCGACAUGGUUCAGAACCUCCUCAUGGACCACCUGGCCAUCUGCAGUGAGCUGGAAGCCAAACAGAUGCUCCUGAAGUCACUGAUGAAGGAUGCAGAUCGUGUGAUGGCUGACCUUGGCCUCAAUGAACGGAAAGUGAUCCAGAAGGCACUCUCGGAUGCCCAGAAGCACGUGAAUUGUCUCAGUGACUUAGUGGGUCAGCGAAGGAAGUACUUGAACAAGGCUUUGUCUGAGAAGACCCAGUUUCUCAUGGCAGUCUUUCAAGCCACCAGCCAAAUCCAACAACACGAGCGAAAGAUCAUGUUCCGGGAAUAUAUCUGCUUACUUCCAGACGAUGUGAGCAAGCAGGUGAAAACAUGUAAGACUGCACAGGCAAGUCUUAAGACUUACCAAAAUGAGGUCACGGGGCUUUGGGCACAGGGUCGAGAACUGAUGAAAGGAAUAAUAGAACAAGAAAGGCCAGAAGUGUUGGGGAAGCUUCAGGAGUUGCAGAGUGUCUAUGACACCGUUUUGCAAAAAUGUAGUCAGCGGUUGCAGGAGCUGGAGAAGAGCCUAGUUUCUAGAAAGCAUUUUAAGGAAGACUUUGAUAAAGCCUGCCAUUGGCUUAAACAAGCAGACAUCGUCACAUUUCCUGAAAUCAAUCUCAUGAAUGAGAGUGUUGAACUCCAUGCACAAUUGGACAAAUACCAGAACAUUCUAGAACAAUCUCCUGAGUACGAAAACCUUCUGCUCACACUGCAGAGGACUGGGCAGGCCAUGCUACCAUCCCUAAAUGAAGUUGACCAUUCCUACCUCAGUGAAAAACUCAGUGCUCUGCCUCAACAAUUCAACGUCAUUGUUGCUUUGGCUAAGGACAAGUUCUAUAAAAUCCAGGAAGCAAUUCUGGCCCGAAAGGAAUAUGCUUCUUUGAUAGAGCUGACAACCCAGUCUCUGGGUGAAUUGGAAGACCAGUUCCUGAAGAUGAGAAAAAUGCCCUCAGACCUGAUCGUUGAGGAGUGUGUGACCCUUCAAGAGAGCUGCAGAGCCCUUCUGGGUGAGGUGGUGGGCCUUGGGGAAGCUGUGAGUGAACUGAACCAGAAAAAAGAAAGUUUUCGCAGCACGGGUCAGCCUUGGCAGCCAGAGAAGAUGCUGCAGCUGGCUGCCCUGUAUCACAGGCUGAAGCGACAAGCAGAGCAAAGGGUCAGUUUGUUAGAAGACACCACCAGCGCUUACAAAGAGCAUGCGAGGAUGUGCCAGCAGCUGGAGAGUCAACUGGAAACCGUGAAGGCCGAGCAGGCCAAAGUGAAUGAGGAAACGCUGCCCGCUGAGGAGAAGCUCAAAGUUUACCACGCACUGGCAGGAAGUCUGCAGGACUCUGGGAUUCUGCUUAAACGAGUGGCUGUCCACCUCGAAGAUCUUACUCCACACCUGGAUCCCUCCGCUUAUGAGAAAGCCAAGGGUCAGGUCCAGUCCUGGCAGGAGGAGCUGAAACAGUUGACAUCUGGCCUCGGGGAGAUGGUGACCGAGUGCGAGAGUCGAAUGGUACAGAGCAUAGACUUCCAGACGGAAAUGAACCGGUCCCUUGACUGGCUUCGGAGGGUGAAGGCAGAGCUCAGUGGGCCGGUGUGCCUUGACCUCAGCCUCCAGGACAUCCAGGAGGAGAUCAGAAAGAUCCAGAUCCACCAGGAGGAAGUCCUGUCCAGCCUGAGGAUCAUGAGUGCCUUGAGUCACAAGGAGCAAGAGAAGUUCACCAAAGCCAAGGAUCUGAUCUCUGUGGACCUGGAGCAUACACUGGCUGAGCUCAAGGAGCUAGAUGGAGAUGUGCAGGAAGCCCUGCGCACGCGGCAGGCAACCUUGACAGACAUAUACAGUCACUGUCAAAGGUAUUAUCAAGUGUUCCAAACCGCUAAUGACUGGCUUGAAGACGCCCAGGAAAUGUUACAGCUGGCAGGCAAUGGCCUAGAUGUUGAGAGUGCGGAGGAAAAUCUCAAAAGUCACGUGGAAUUUUUCAAAACAGAGUGUCAGUUCCACAACAACAUGGAGGAACUCCAAGGUCUGGUGACCAAGCUAGACCCACUCAUCAAGCCAACUGGAAAGGAAGAGCUAGCACAGAAGAUGACUUCCCUGGAAAAGAAGAGUCAGAGGGUUUUCGAGGACUCCCAUGCUCAGCGUGACCUUCUGCAGAGAUGUACGGUUCAAUGGCAGGAGUACCAGAGAGCAAGGGAAGAGGUUAUCGAGUUGAUGAACGAUGCAGAAAAGAAGCUGUCUGAGUUUUCACUGUUGAAGACUUCUUCCAUGCAGGAAGCUGAAGAAAAGUUGUCAAAACACAAGGCUUUAGUGUCUGUAGUUGACUCUUUCCAUGAGAAAAUUGUGACCCUGGAGGAAAAAGCAUCACAACUAGAGAAAACCGGAAACGAUGCAAGCAAAGCGACCCUAAGCAGGUCGAUGACCACUGUCUGGCAGCGCUGGACGCGUCUCCGUGCUGUGGCCCAGGACCAGGAGAAGAUACUGAAGGAUGCAAUAGAUGAGUGGAAGGGCUUGAGCAAUAAGAUUAAGGAAACCACUGAAAUGAUCGAUCAAUUGCAUAGCAAAUUACCUGGAAGUUCAACAGAAAAAGCCUCAAAAGUCGAGCUCACGGCCCUCCUUGAAUGCCUCGAGGCAUGCUCACUGGAGCUGGAGCAGCAGCAGCUGGCCCUGGGCGUGCUCCAGCAGCGAGCACUGAGCAUGCUGCAAGACGGAGCCAUCCCCGGCACUGGAGAAGAGGUCCCCAUCCUUCAGGAGAUCACCAAAAUGCAAGAUCAAUGUCUCAACAUGCAAGACAAAGUGAAGAGUCAUGGAAAACUGGUGAAGGAGGAACUACAGGAACGAGAAGCAGUGGAGACCCAAAUUAAUUCUGUGAAGUCUUGGGUUCAAGAAACGAAGGAAUAUUUAGGGAAUCCGACAAUAGAGAUAGACACACAACUAGAAGAACUGAAGAUCCUCCUGGCAGAAGCCACAAGCCACCGGGAGAGCAUCGAGAAAAUUGCAGAAGAGCAGAAGAAUAAGUACUUGGGUCUUUACACUAUAUUACCAUCUGAAAUCUCCCUCCAGCUAGCUGAAGUUGCACUGGACCUGAAGAUCCAUGAUCAGAUCCAAGAGAAGGUACAGGAAAUUGAGCAAGGCAAGGCUACCAGCCGGGAGUUCAGCCGCCAGAUUCAGAAGGUGGCCAAAGAUAUCACCACCAUUCUAACGAAGCUGAAAGCCAAAACCGACAAUCUGGUUCAAGCUAAGACUGACCAGAAGGUGCUGGGAGAAGAAUUAGAUGGCUGUAAUUCAAAGUUAAUGGAGUUGGACGCUGCUGUACAAACAUUCUCAGAACAGCAUGAUCAGCUGGGCAAGCCACUGGCCAAGAAGAUAGGAAAGCUGAUGGAGCUCCACCAGCAAACCAUCAGGCAGGCUGAGAGCCGGCUCUCCAAACUUAACCAGGCAUCAGCACACUUAGAAGAAUACAAUGAAAUGCUUGAGUCCAUUUUGAAGUGGAUUGAGAAAGCUAAGGUCUUGGUGCAUGGAAACAUUGCAUGGAACUCUGCAAGCCAGCUCCGAGAACAGUACAUCUUGCACCAGACGCUGCUGGAAGAAUCAGAAGAAAUUGACAGUGACCUGGAAGCAAUGGCUGAAAAAGUGCAAUACCUUGCCAACGUGUACUUCACAGAAAAAAUGUCGAAGCAAGCGGCACAGUUAGGACGGGAGACCGAAGAGUUAAAGCAGAUGAUCAGAGUUCAUUUGCAGAGCCUCGGAGAUGCAGCCAAGGAUAUGAAAAAGUUUGAAGGAGAGCUGAGAAAUUUACGGGCGGCUUUGGAACAAGUCCAGACAAUUCUGACUUCCCCAGAAGUGGGGCGCCUUAGUCUCAAGGAACAGCUGUCCCAUCGACAGCAUCUCCUGUCUGAGAUGGAGUCACUGAAGCCGAAGGUGCAAGCUGUGCAGCUCUGCCAGAGUGCUCUCCGGAUCCCCGAGAACGUGGUCGCCAGCCUGCCCCUGUGCCACGCCGCCCUGCGGCUGCAGGAGGAAGCCAGUCAGCUGCAGCACACCGCCAUCCAGCAGUACAACAUCAUGCAGGAGGCUGUGGUGCAGUAUGAACAGUAUGAACAGGAGAUGAAGCAUCUCCAGCAGCUCAUAGAAGGGGCUCACAGGGAGAUCGAGGACAAACCUGUGGCCACCAGUAACAUCCAGGAGCUACAGGCUCAGAUUAAUCGGCACGAGGAGCUGGCGCAGAAAAUCAAGGGCUACCAGGAGCAGAUCGCCUCUCUGAAUUCCAAAUGCAAGAUGCUGACGAUGAAAGCCAAGCAUGCCACCAUGCUGCUGACCGUGACCGAGGUCGAGGGGCUGGUAGAAGGGACCGAGGACCUGGACCGUGAGCUCCUCCCCACGCCUUCGGCCCACCCCUCCGUGGUUAUGAUGACUGCCGGUCGCUGUCACACUUUGCUGUCACCUGUCACUGAAGAGUCUGGGGAGGAGGGAACCAACAGUGAGAUUUCCUCUCCCCCUGCCUGUCGCUCUCCAUCACCUGUGGCUAACACAGAAGCAUCUGUUAACCAGGACAUUGCGUACUACCAAGCCCUGUCCGCCGAGAAGCUGCAGACAGACGCUGCAAGGAUUCCCCCCAGCACCUCUGCAUCCCAAGAGUUGUAUGAGCCAGGACUGGAGCCUUCAGCGACUGCCAAGCUGGGUGACUUACAACGUUCCUGGGAAACCUUAAAAAACGUGAUCAGUGAAAAACAGCGGACUCUCUAUGAAGCUUUGGAACGCCAGCAGAAGUAUCAAGACUCUCUCCAGUCUGUCUCGACCAAAAUGGAGGCCAUGGAGAUGAAGUUGAGCGAGAGCCUCCAGCCCGGCCGGAGUCCAGAAAGCCAGAUGGCUGAGCAUCAGGCCCUGAUGGACGAGGUGCAGAUGCUCCAAGAUGAGAUUAAUGGGCUCCAAGCAUCUCUUGCAGAGGAGCUGGUGGCUGAAUCUCCAGAGUCGGACCCUGCGGAGCAGUUGGCUCUGCAGUCCACACUUACUGUCCUGGCUGAGCGGAUGUCCACCAUCAGGAUGAAAGCGGCUGGCAAGCGGCAGCUCUUAGAGGAGAAGCUAAAUGACCAGCUGGAAGAGCAGAGACAGGAACAGGCCCUGCAGAGGUACCGCUGUGAGGCAGAUGAGCUGGACCACUGGCUGUUGAACACAAAGGCCACACUGGAUGUUGCACUUGGUACACCCCAGGAGCCCAUGGACAUGGAUGCCCAGCUGGUGGACUGCCAGAACAUGCUCAUGGAAAUAGAACAGAAGGUGGUGGCUCUGUCACAGCUGUCUGUGCACAACGAGAACCUGCUGUUGGAGGGCAAGGCUCAUACGAAAGAUGAGGCAGAACAGCUGGCAGGGAAGCUGAGGAUGCUCAAAGGGAGCCUCCUGGAGCUGCAGAGGGCCCUGCAUGACAGACAGCUCCACAUGCAGGGAGCUACACAAGAGAAAGAAGAGAGCGAUGCUGACCUCACAGCCACUCAGAGCCCUGGAGUACAGGAAUGGCUGGCCCAAGCCCGUACCACACGGACCCACCAGCGGCAGAGCAGCCUCCAACAACAAAAAGAGUUCGAACAGGAGCUAGCUGAGCAGAAGAGCCUUCUCCGCUUAGUAGCCAGUCGAGGAGAGGAGAUUCUCACCCAGCAUUCCACAGCCUCAGAGGGCUCAGGCGGCCUUGGUGAAAAACCUGCUGUGUUAUCCCAGGAAUUGGGGAUGGAAGGCACAAAGUCAUCUGCUGAAGACCAGAUGAGAAUGAGAUGGGAAAGCCUCCAUCAAGAGUUUAGUGCCAAGCAGAAACUGUUACAGAAUGUUCUGGAACAGGAACAAGAGCAAGUGCUUUACAGCAGUCCAAAUAGACUCCUGGCAGGGGUGCCACUGUUCAGAGGGGAAGCUCAGACUCAAGAUAAGUCUUCAGUGACAUCCUUGCUGGAUGGACUAAACCAGGCCUUUGAGGAGGUGUCAUCACAGGGCGGAGAAGCAAAUGGACAGAAUAUCCAGUUGGAGCAGAAGUUGUAUGAUGGAGUCUCAGCCACUUCAACCUGGUUGGAUGAUGUUGAAGAGCGUUUAUUUGUGGCCACAGCACUUUUGCCAGAAGAAACAGAAGCUUGUCUGGUCACCCAGGAGGCUCUUGCCAAAGACAUUAAAGAAAUGUCUGAAGAAAUGGAUAAGAACAAGAACUUGUUUUCCCAAGCAUUCCCAGAGGAUGGUGACAACCGGGAUGUCAUUGAAGACACCAUGGGUUGUCUUUUGGGCAGAUUAUCCCUUCUGGAUUCAGUAGUGAAUCAGCGAUGUCAUCAGAUGAAGGAACGACUCCAGCAAAUCCUCAAUUUCCAGAAUGACCUGAAGGUGCUGUUUACAUCAUUAGCUGACAACAAAUACAUCACUCUGCAGAAACUGGCAAAUGUGUUCGAACGGCCCAUUGUGGAACAGAUACAGGCCAUACAGCAGGCUGAAGAGGGACUGAGGGAGCUGGACGGCGGAAUCUCUGAGUUGAAGCGUCGCGGUGACAAGUUGCAGGUGGAGCAGCCAGCCCUGCAAGAACUCUCCAAACUUCAGGACAUGUAUGAUGAGCUGUUGGUGACCAUCAGUUCCCGGAGGAGCAGCCUCAACCAGAACCUGGCACUCAAGAGUCAGUAUGACAGGGCCUUGCAAGAUCUGGCAGACCUGCUGGACACGGGACAAGAGAAGAUGGCAGGGGACCAGAAAAUCAUUGUGUCCUCCAAAGAAGAAAUUCAACAACUGCUAGACAAGCACAAGGAAUACUUCCAGGGCCUGGAAUCUCAUAUGAUUCUGACCGAAACUCUCUUCAGAAAGAUCAUCGGCUUUGCAGCUGGGAAGGAAACUCAGUUGCACACAGACCGCAUGGCUCAGGCAUCUGCUGUGCUGAAACAGGCUCACAAGAGAGGCGUGGAGCUUGAGUACAUCCUAGAGAUGUGGUCCCAACUGGAUGAGAGUCGCCAGGAGCUCAGCCGACAGCUGGAGAUGGUUGAAAGCAGCAUCCCAAGUGUGGGCCUAGUGGAGGAGAGCGAGGACAGACUUGUGGAAAGGACAAGUCUCUACCAGCAUUUGAAAUCCAGUCUUAACGAGUACCAGCCCAAAUUGUAUCAAGUGUUAGAUGAUGGAAAGCGACUUCUAAUGUCCACCAGCUGCUCAGAUCUUGAAAGCCAGCUCAAUCAGCUUGGAGAGCGCUGGCUCAACAAUAGCAACAAAGUGUCCAAGGAACUUCACAGACUGGAGACCAUACUGAAACACUGGACCAGGUAUCAGAGUGAGGCUGCAGAUCUGAUGCACUGGCUACAGUCCGCAAAGGACAGGCUGGCCUUCUGGACUCAGCAGUCUGUGACUGUCCCACAAGAGCUGGAAAUGGUCCGGGACCAUCUCAACGCUUUCCUGGAGUUCUCUAAAGAGGUAGAUGCCAAGUCUUCCCUGAAAUCAUCAGUCAUGAGCACUGGAAAUCAACUUCUUCGACUGAAGAAAGUGGACACAGCUGCCCUGCGUGCUGAGCUGUCCCGCAUGGACAGCCAGUGGACUGAUCUACUGACAAGCAUUCCUGUGGUGCAGGAGAAGCUCCACCAGCUCCAGAUGGACAAGCUGCCUUCCCGCCAUGCCAUUUCUGAGGUCAUGAGUUGGAUUGCACUCAUGGAAAGUGUCAUCCUGAAGGAUGAAGAAGACAUAAAAAAUGCAAUAGGUUACAAGGCAAUCCACGAAUACCUUCAGAAAUAUAAGGGUUUCAGGAUAGACCUGAACUGCAAACAGCUGACGGCAGAUUUUGUGAACCAGUCAGUACUCCAGAUCAGCAGCCAGGAUGUGGAGAGCAAGCGCAGCGAUAAGACCGACUUUGCUGAGCAGCUUGGAGCCAUGAACAAAAGUUGGCAGCUCUUGCAAGGUCGAGUGGGUGAGAAGAUCCAGCUGCUGGAAGGCUUGUUGGAGUCUUGGUCAGAGUAUGAAAAUAGUGUACAGUCUUUGAAAGCUUGGUUUGAAAACCAGGAAAAGAAGCUCAAACAGCAGCAGCAAAUUGGUGACCAGACUUCCGUUCAGAAUGCCCUGAAGGACUGUCAGGAACUGGAAGAUUUGAUUAAAGCAAAAGAAAAGGAAGUAGAGAAAAUUGAGCAGAGUGGACUCGCAUUGAUUCAGAACAAGAAGGAGGAGGCCUCCAGCAGUGUCAAGAGCACACUGCAGGAACUCAGCCAGACCUGGGCCAGUUUAGACCAGGCGGUCGGACAGUUAAAGAUGCUGUUGACAUCAGUGCUUGGCCAAUGGGCCAAUCACAAAGAAGCCUUUGAUGAGAUCAACAGUCAUAUCGUGGAGGCCAGAUACUCUCUGUCCCGAUUCCGUCUGCUGACUGGUUCUUCAGAAGCUGUUCAGGUUCAGGUGGACAAUCUUCAGAAUCUUCAUGAUUGCCUAGAAAAGCAGGAAGAGGGUUUGCAGAAAUUCAGCUCCAUCACCAACCAACUAUUGAAGGAGUGUCACCCACCUGUGACAGAAACUCUCUCCAAUACCCUGCAGGAAGUCAAUAUGAGAUGGAAUAACUUACUGGAAGAGAUUGCUGAGCAGCUGCACUCCAGCAAGGCCCUCCUUCAGCUCUGGCAGAGAUACAAGGACUACACAAAGCAGUGUGCCUCUGCAGUUCAGCAACAAGAAGACCAAACCAGUGAGCUGUUGAAGGCAGUCACUAACAAGGACAUCGCUGAUGAUGAAGUCACCAAGUGGAUUCAGGAUUGCAAUGACCUUCUCAAGGGACUGGGGCCAGUCAAGGACUCGCUUUAUGUCCUUCGAGAGUUGGGAGAACAGCUUGGGCAACAGGUAGAUGCUUCAGCAUCUGCAGCCGUUCAGUGCGAGCAGCUCUGCUUCAGCCAGCGCCUGUGUGCCCUGGAGCAGGCACUUUGCAAGCAGCAAGCAGUGUUGCAGGCUGGAGUUGUUGACUAUGAAACAUUUGCCAAGAGCUUAGACGCCCUGGAGGCCUGGAUAGUGGAAGCUGAGGCCCUCCUCCAAGCGCAGGAUCCCACGCACUCGUCCGACCUCUCCUCUAUCCAGGAAAGAAUGGAAGACCUGAAGGGACAGAUGCUAAGGUUCAGCAGCCUGGCUCCGGAUUUAGACCGUCUCAAUGAGUUGGGGUACCGGUUACCCUUGAAUGACAAGGAGAUCAAGAGGAUGCAGAACCUGAACCGCCAGUGGUCUCUGGCGUCUUCCCAGACCACAGAAAGAUUCAGCAAGUUGCAGUCAUUCUUGCUUCAGCAUCAGACUUUCUUGGAAAAAUGUGAGACGUGGAUGGAAUUCCUGGUUCAGACAGAGCAAAAGUUAGCUGUGGAGAUUUCAGGCAAUUACCAGCAUCUCUUGGAGCAGCAGAGGGCCCAUGAGCUGUUUCAAGCAGAGAUGUUCAGUCGUCAACAGAUCCUGCACUCCAUCAUUGUUGAUGGGCAGCAUCUUCUAGAACAAGGUCAAGUUGAUGACAGGGAUGAGUUCAGCCUGAAGUUGACACUCCUCAGUAAUCAGUGGCAGGGAGUGAUUAGAAGGGCCCAGCAGAGACGGGGGAUUGUCGACAGCCAGAUUCGCCAGUGGCAGCGCUAUAGGGAAAUGGUGGAGAAGCUCCGGAAAUGGUUGGUUGAAGUGUCCUAUCUGCCCUUGAGUGGUCUGGGAAGCACCCCUGUUCCACUGCAACAAGUGAGGACCCUCUUUGAUGAAGUGCAGUUCAAAGAGAAGGUGUUCCUGCGCCAGCAGGGCAGCUAUAUCCUCACCGUGGAGGCUGGCAAGCAGCUCCUGCUCUCGGCCGACAGUGGCGCUGAGGCCGCCUUGCAAGCUGAACUCACAGAGAUCCAAGAGAAAUGGAAGUCAGCCAGCAUGUAUCUGGAGGAGCAGAAGAAAAAGCUGGCUUUCUUAUUGAAAGACUGGGAAAAAUUCGAGAAAGGGAUAGCUGAUUCACUGGAGAAGCUCCGAACAUUCAAAAAGAAGUUGUCCCAACCUCUACCAGACCACCAUGAGGAGCUGCACACUGAGCAGAUGAGGUGCAAGGAAUUGGAAAACGCGGUUGGGAGGUGGACAGAUGACCUGGCAGAGUUGAUGCUACUGAGGGAUGCCCUGGCUGUCUACAUCAGUGCCGAGGACAUCUCCAUCCUUAACGAACGUGUGGAGCUUCUGCAAAGGCAGUGGGAGGAGCUCUGCCACCAGGUCUCCUUAAGACGACAGCAAGUGAGUGAACGACUGAACGAAUGGGCUGUCUUCAGCGAAAAGAACAAGGAGCUGUGCGAGUGGCUGACGCAGAUGGAGGGCAAAGUCUCCCAGAAUGGAGACAUCCUCAUUGAAGAGAUGAUAGAAAAACUCAAGAAGGAUUAUCAAGAGGAAAUUGCUGUUGCCCAAGAGAACAAAAUCCAGCUCCAGCAAAUGGGAGAGAGGCUUGCUAAAGCUAGUCAUGAAAGCAAAGCCGCUGAGAUUCAGUACAAGCUCGGCAAAGUGAAUGACAGGUGGCAGCAUCUCCUGGAUCUCAUUGCGGCCAGGGUGAAGAAGCUAAAGGAGACCCUGGUGGCCGUGCAGCAGCUGGAUAAGAACAUGGGCAGUCUGAGGACUUGGCUGGCCUACAUCGAGUCAGAGCUGGCCAAGCCCAUAGUCUACGAGUCCUGUAACUCAGAAGAAAUACAGAGGAAGCUGAGUGAACAGCAGGAGCUUCAGAGGGACAUCGAGAAACACAGUACAGGUGUCGCCUCCGUCCUCAACUUGUGUGAGGUCCUGCUACAUGACUGUGACGCCUGUGCCACUGAGGCCGAGUGUGACUCCAUCCAGCAGGCCACACGGAACCUGGACCGGCGGUGGAGGAACAUCUGUGCGAUGUCCAUGGAAAGGAGACUCAAAAUUGAAGAGACAUGGCGACUGUGGCAAAAGUUUCUGGAUGACUAUUCUCGUUUUGAGGACUGGCUGAAGAUUUCAGAAAGGACGGCUGCAUUCCCCAGUUCCUCCGGGGUACUCUAUACAGUUGCCAAGGAGGAGCUGAAGAAGUUUGAGGCUUUCCAGCGCCAGGUCCAUGAGAGCCUGACCCAGCUAGAGCUGAUAAAUAAACAGUACCGCCGCCUGGCCAGAGAGAAUCGCACGGACUCCGCAUGUAGCCUCAAGCAGAUGGUCCAUGGAGGCAACCAGCGAUGGGAUGACCUACAGAAGCGCGUCACCUCCAUCUUGCGAAGACUCAAGCAUUUUAUUAGCCAGCGGGAGGAGUUUGAGACUGCACGGGACAGCAUUCUUGUCUGGCUGACAGAGAUGGAUCUACAGCUCACCAACAUUGAACAUUUUUCCGAAUGUGACGUUCAAGCUAAAAUAAAGCAACUCAAGGCCUUCCAGCAGGAGAUCUCACUGAACCACAAUAAGAUAGAGCAGAUCAUUGCCCAGGGGGAGCAGCUGAUAGAGAAGAGCGAGCCCCUGGAUGCAGCUGUCAUCGAGGAAGAGCUGGACGAACUCCGACGCUACUGCCAGGAGGUCUUUGGACGUGUGGAAAGAUACCACAAGAAACUGAUCCGCUUGCCUCUACCGGAUGAUGACCAUGACCUCUCAGAUCGAGAGCUAGAUCUUGAAGACUCCACGGCUCUUUCAGACCUACGCUGGCAGGAACCCUCUGCAGAUGGCAUGCCCUCCCCACAGCCUUCCUCCAACCCCUCCCUCUCCCUCCCUCAGCCCCUCCGGAGUGAGCGGUCAGGGCGAGACACUCCAGCCAGUGUGGACUCCAUCCCCCUGGAAUGGGACCAUGAUUAUGAUCUCAGUCGGGACCUGGAGUCAGCAUCACGAACUCUGCCCUCAGAAGAUGAAGAGGGCGAGGAGGACAAGGAGUUCUACCUCAGGGGAGCCGUUGGCUUGUCAGAUGUAGUGAUCCCCGAGAACCCCGAGGCCUAUGUAAAACUCACAGAAAAUGCAAUCAGAAAUACUUCUGGUGAUCCCAUGUCAUUGGAGUCACAGAUGAGGCAGCUGGACAAAGCCCUGGAUGACAGCCGCUUCCAGAUUCAACAAACUGCAAAUAUCCUCAGAAGCAAAACUCCCACAGGGCCAGACCUGGACACCAGCUACAAGGGCUAUAUGAAGCUGCUGGGGGAAUGCAGUGGCAGCAUAGAUUCCGUGAGGAGACUGGAGCACAAGCUGGCAGAGGAAGAGACCUUUCCUGGCUUCGUUAACCUCAACAGCACCGAGACUCAGCCAGCCGGCGUGAUUGACCGCUGGGAGCUCCUCCAGGCCCAGGCACUGAGCAAGGAGUUGAGGACGAAGCAGAACCUUCAAAAAUGGCAGCAGUUCAAUUCAGACCUCAAUAACAUCUGGGCCUGGCUAGGUGAGACUGAGGAGGAACUGGACCGGCUCCGGCACCUGGCACUCAGCACUGACAUCCACACCAUCGAGUGUCACAUCAAAAAGCUCAAGGAGCUCCAGAAAGCCGUGGACCACCGCAAAGCCAUCAUCCUCUCCAUCAACCUCUGCAGCUCAGAGUUCACCCAGGCGGACAACAAGGAGAGCCAUGAUUUGCAGGAUCGAUUAUCCCAGAUGAAUGGGAGAUGGGACCGAGUGUGCUCUCUGCUGGAGGACUGGCGAGGCCUGCUGCAGGGUGCACUGAUGCAAUGUCAGGAAUUCCACGAAAUGAGCCAUGCUUUGCUUCUCAUGCUAGAAAACAUUGACAGAAGGAAAAAUGAAAUUAUCCCAAUUGAUUCUACCCUUGACCCAGAGACGCUUCAAGACCAUCACAGACAACUCACGCAAAUAAAGCAGGAGCUUCAGAAAUCCCAGCUCAGAGUGGCCUCACUGCAAGACAUGUCUCGCCAACUCUUAGUGAAUGCCGAAGGCUCAGAUUGUCUAGAAGCCAAAGAAAAAGUCCAUGUAAUUGGGAACCGGCUCAAACUUCUCUUGAAGGAAGUCAGCCAUCACAUCAAGGAUCUGGCCAAGUUACUGGACGUGUCAAGCAGUCAGCAGGAUUUGUCUUCCUGGUCUUCUGCAGAUGAACUGGACACCUCAGGAUCCGUGAGUCCUACAUCGGGCAGAAGUACCCCCAACAGACAGAAAUCGCCACGAGGCAAAUGUAGUCACUCACAGCCUGGACCCUCUGUCAGCAGCCCAAAGAGCAGGGUCACAAAAGGUGGCUGCGAUUCCUCCCUUUCUGAACCCAGGCCAGGCCGUGUGGGUCGAGCCUUCCUGUUCCGGGUCCUCAGGGCUGCUCUUCCCCUUCAGCUGCUCCUGCUGCUCCUUAUUGGACUCACCUGCCUUGUCCCCAUGUCAGAGGAAGACUACAGCUGUGCCCUCUCCAACAACUUUGCCCGAUCAUUCCACCCCAUGCUCAGAUACACCAAUGGUCCUCCUCCACUCUGAAGCAAGAUGCCCUCCGCACAAGUGCUGGCAGCAUUAGGGGGAUUGGGCCCAAAGCAACCCCAGACUAUCAGAGAAGACUUUGGUGUUGGCAGAAGGCCUCUCAUGGCAGCUUCAGCUCUCCUCCAUACCCUGUGUGUAAAAAUCAAGCCUUUGGACAUGGAUGGGAAGCAACAAGAGGAGAAGAAAUGGGAUUGGGACUGUGUCAUUUGACACUCUGAGCCUUAACACUAAAGAGAUUAAGUUAAGGGCAUACAGAGUUCCCUGGACCCAUGAAGUCAGGCCUUUGGCACAGCCAAUGGCUCUAAUGGGCCAUCUGGGCAGCUUUCCUAUGGUGCUGCUCCAUCAACCCAAAAUUCACCCUCCCAGGUACCAUGUCAGUAUCGUACAAUCUACCAACCUGAAGGAGGCAUUAGAACCUCCUCAUAUACCAUUUUUAGGAGCGUAUAUGGCAGCUUCCUCUCUAUCUUAUUUUCUUUGGGGCAUGAUGUUUCAAUGUUGCUUUAGAGGUACAAGCUGUAAAUCUGAAAGUCACUUUAAAAAAAAUAAGGUAUAAAGAAAACCUGGAUGUAAUAAAUAAGAUCAUGGAAAGCUUUAUGUGAAGAAAAUUGAAUGUUAUAGUAUAAAAAAAGAUAUUUAUGUAUGUACAGUUUGCUAAAGCCAAGUUUUGUUUGUUGAUUUCUUUGCAUUUAUUAUAGAUACUAUAAAGUA